AUGGCGCAACCACAGCCGCAGGCUCCGCCGGUGGCCUUCUCGCCUCCUCAGCAUAGUCCUUCUCCUGCCGGUUCGCAGACAGCUUAUGCCCCUCCGCCCAACAAACGGGUUUUAACAGACGCCGCUCCGUCGCAACCUAAUUCGCCGUUCCCCAACUCUCCUUAUGCGAUGAGCCCGACCGCCGGAAUCACCCCGCCUGGAAACGUCGCGUCACCAGCUAACAUGGCAAGCCCGGUGAUACAAGGAGUAGUUGGCGCAGGCUCGCCAUACGUGAAUGGGAACACCACACCGGCUCUGAGUCUUCCAGAUGUUCGAGCGAGCGCAACACCUCCUCUGCAGACGCCGCAGCCAUUGCAGACACCUCAACUACAAACGCCUCAACCUUUACAGACGCCUCAGCUUCAGACACCCCAACUGCAGACAUCACUACCUAUGCCGACACCACAGUUACCUACAUCUGCAACAACUCCUACAACACCGUACACGCCCGGCACACCGAUGGUACCUAUGAUCCAUACCCCCAUCGCUCCGCCCCAAGGCAUGGCCGGGGUUAUGGGCCCGCCGCAACGACCGGCCGAGAAACCAACAAAGGAAUAUGAAUAUGAUCCUACAGAUUCGCUUGCCGGCACUGGUAUCGACUUGAGGGCAGAGGAACAGUUCAUGUCAGACAUGUACGCGAAUUCUUUUGAUGCGGAAGCGCGAUCGGGCUUCCCACAGCAUGCGCCAGGCCCUAAAUCAACUUUUUAUGGUGCAGGCCCUGCAAACCAGCCUGCCCUAGCGGUAACGGAAACGGACCAAGACAAAUACGCUGCCCAAGCAGCGGAGAGGGCGUGGGCUGAGUCUGCUAUGCGCAUAGGCGCGCAACGAACACAGGAAAUCAACGAUCCAUUUCUUCUCGUCGCCUUGCUACACAGGAGAGCAGAGAAAAUUGCUAGGGAACAUGCCCUCAAACUCAACCUUGACCUGCGGAACAUGAAUCAGCAAAUGGGGCGUAUGAAGCUUCCCAACCAGUUCCCUGAGCCAUCAGUCACGGUGACAACCAAGACAGGGCCGGAUGCUCACAUGGUGCACACGACUGGCUCUUUCAUUCCGCACGACGCUUUCCUGGUGGACCAGCUGGCUUUGUUAUCUAUAGCAACUAAGGUGCGACUACGGGACCUUGUGGAUGAUGCCAAUUCUGUUGCGACACACCGGCAGAAGACGUCGCACGGCGAUGUGCCAGAGGAAUGGGCUGCUGCUGCCGCCCCACUGAAUUUGGAGACCCCCGAGUCGAUGCAGCUUGAUAAGGAGCCAGCGCUGGCUGACGGUGCCCCUGACCUCGGCACCAACCCCCUCAAGCGCCCUGCGGAUCCCUCGAGUGAAGUGAAGCCCGCUAAACCGAAGAAGUAUGCGAAGAUUGCGUCAUACAUGACAAUCACGAUGAGAGAUCUAGCAAAGCAAGAGCGAGAAUGGGAAGAGGCAAGACUUCGAAAGCGCCAGAAGCGCAAGGAUGGCAUCCCCGACGCCGGAGCUGCGGGUUCGCGAGCCGGUAGUGUCGCUCCAGGCACCCCAGGCUCCGUAGCGCCGGAAAAUGACAAGGCGAUGACGAAGAAGGAACUGAAGAAAACUCAAGCAGCCAAGGCAGCCGAAGCCAACAACCAUGCCAACCAGAACAUGACCAGCACCUUGUUCACCGGUUUCGGUAAAGGAGGAAGCCUCUUCGGUAACAAGAAAAAGGGGAAAACGUACGACUGGAUGAAUGUUGGUCGUGGAGGAAGCGGAGCCAGCACACCACGAGCAUCAUCUGGUGGUGGGAAGCCAGGUGCCAAUCUAGGGCCCAACCAAGGGCCCGUUAAUGUAGCUCUAACGACGGAAGGCCGCAACCGUCUAGGAACUUGGCGAGAAGACAAGGAGAAGGGCAGAAACAUCCAGCUUCGAGAUUGGAUAUCUGUGCUGGAGAGAGAUGGGCGCGAGACAAAGGCGCUCCAAAAGGCAUACAUUGAUUUAGACAUGUCCGGCCCCAGAUAA